AAAUUUCGACUUUUCCAGCAUCGUAGGGACCCGCGGCGCGAGGCCGCCGAUUGGCCGGUCGGCAGCGCGAUUUGUGCCAAUGAGCGGCGAGCGCGCUUUUUUCGCCGCUGCCGCCGGGAAGCCGUGCACCCGGCCGACCGUCGCUCACUUGGUCGGUUGCUCUCGUAGCGCUAACACCAGUUUUUCAGUCGUCGUCGGAUUUGUUUGCCCGCCAUGGCCGAAGAGACAGCAGCAGCGCCGGCCGCGUCGUCGGCAGCCCCGAGCCCCAAGAAGAAGGCGGUGCGCGCCAAGCCCACGGCCAGCCACCCCAAAGUGUCGGCCAUGGUGAACGCGUCCAUCGGCGAGCUCAAGGAGCGCGGAGGGUCGUCGCUGCAGGCCAUCAAGAAGCACAUGGCGGCCACCUACAAGGUGGACGUGGAGAAGCUGUCGCCGUUUAUCCGCAAGUACCUCAAGUCGGCCGUCACCUCGGGCGCGCUGGUGCAGACCAAGGGCAAGGGCGCCAGCGGCUCGUUCAAGCUGGCUGCGGGCGCCGCCGCGGGCGAGAAGAAAAAGGCGGGAGGUGUCAAGAAGACCCCCAAGAAGGCCGCCAAGAAGCCCGCGAGCGCCAAGAAGACUCCCAAGAAGUCUCCCAAGAAAGUGGCGGCCAAGAAGGCCAAGCCAGCAAAGAAGCCCAAGGCCGAGAAGAAGGCGUCGCUGCCCAAGAAACCCAAGAAGCCAGCGGCCAAGAAGGCGGCCACCCCCAAGAAGGCAGCCAAGAAGUAAAACGUGCGCGCGCACACAACACACAAACGGCCCUCGUCAGGGCCACCCCAAACGUCUGCCUCGGCGGAGCCGCGUUGAUAGCGCGCGAUGCUCCGACCUCCGUGACCCCUCUUCCGCGGCCAUUUGCGGUCCAGGGCCGUGAGCGGACCGUCGCUCUGACCACUGACAAAGCGCGAAAAAGCAUUAUUACUUUAAAGGCAUCGCUACAAAAUACCGGCCCAGCUGCCUCGGAUCAGUCACGUCGCCGUAACUAUGGGCUCCGAUCUCAAAUAACAACCAGCUCAUGGAUUUCUUGCCAGUGCGCUUUCCCCUGCUUUGCUGCAUGGUUAAAGUAUAUAAUUUCUGAUUAACUGUAUAAUGUCUCAAGCUAUUAGGCGAGUUCGUGGGUUCACAUUUCUAGAAGAAAAAAUCGAUUUUCUGUACCAUUGAAGUACAUUAUGGGGGUGUGAUGGUGUUCUAACUUCCUGCCAUUAACAGGGUUCUUGAGGAGAGAAAGAAUACAUAUUCCAGAGGCAAAACGUGCUGAGAUAGCUUUUG